CGGUGCUUCUACUUUUAGAUUCUAAUGUUAUUUAAAAUAAUUAUCUAAAAUAAAAUCUGCAGUUAUACACAUUGUUUUUGCAAGAAAUUUUCUAAAAUAUUAUUUGUUCGGAAAAGAAAUUAUUUAGGACAACGAAGUUGCAAAAUAGAUUUGAUCUGACAGGAAGUGAUAAAAAUGGAAACUUUUUGUGAGAAAAAAAAUCCAAAAUUAAGUUUUGGAAAGAAAGUAACGUACUUAGUUCUAGUUUGGCUGUCAUGUGCUUUUGCCAAUGAUUGUGUGAAGCCAUUCCAAAUGAAAUCAGAAUUCUUGAAUAAACGUCUUAACAAACAUUAUAUCGUAGAAUUGAAAGUUCAGAACCUACACAUGUGUGCUCGUGAAUGUUUUUAUGUUUCCAUGUGUAAAAGUAUGGAUUACUUUCAUGGUUCGUGUAAACUUAAUGACGCGGAUAGCAAAUCUGUUUCGCAAGGAGAAUUUCAGCACAAGCCAGGUUCGAUCUUCUCGGAUGUUUCAGACUGGCCCCAUGUGAUUGCCGGAGCUUGUGGUCAGCGACCAUGUUCAGAGACUCAAAAAUGUAUUCCCUUCAAAGGUGGCUACAAAUGCGAGGAAAUACAAUUGUUUAUGCCAACAGACUGUACAGAUGUUAAGCGUUAUUUCCCUUCUGCUACCAGUGGGCAACAUGAAAUUAAACUAUGGAAAUCACGUAAAACAUUGUCAGUUGUAUGUGACAUGGACACAGAAGGUGGCGGUUGGACGGUACUUCAGACACGAUUUGAUGGUUCUGUAGACUUUUACAGGAACUCAACGGAGUAUGAAUAUGGAUUUGGCAAUUUGAAUACAGAGUUUUGGCUAGGUCUGAAGUAUUUACAAGAAAUGACGUCUCAAGGAAAGAAUGAAUUAAGAUUUGACUUAAUGGCCGCUGAUGGAACUACCGUGCAUGAAACAUUCCCGAACUUUAUGUCAUACCACAAUGGUAUGCAUUUUACGACAAAAGACGAAGAUAGAGCUAACUACAUCAAGAACUGCGCCAUUCAUUGUCAUGGUGCUUGGUGGUAUAACGCUUGUGGCGGCGUGAACCUCAACGGACAGUAUGUUACUCCAGGGAUUACUCAUCCCCUUGGUCACUGGGUUGGAGUGAUUUAUCAACCAUUUAGUCUACAGUCUCUGAAAGAAACUAAAAUGAUGUUCCGGAGAGCUAUUACAAAUGAUGUUUGA